GGAGUGCGCGGCGGUGCAGUAGUAAAAUUAAUACAAAAUGUUUAAUUAAAAAGAAUUCGGAUUUAUAAUGGAACAAGCAGCAGUUGUGAUUUGCGAAAUUGCAGAGGAGUGUGUGGACAGUGGGCAACAAUUCCUGUUUGCAUACCGCAAAAAACAGUGGGCAAUAAAAGAAAGUCUAGCGGAGAAUGCAAAUCAAUUGGUUGAAAUCAUAACAAACUUUGCAAAAAGACGCACCGCGAAGUUGCGAUUCCGGAUAAUUGGCACCACUUUGGUGUUGCUGCAGUUGGAAGGCGGUAGCUGCAUUUCGGCAAAUGCACAAGAUGCACAACUGGCAGUCGAAAUAUUUCCCAUUAUAUUCAGCAAUUUCACGCCCACAUUGGACUUGGAGGUGCUCCAAGAGCAGCAUCAGCAACAGCGGGAGCUCAAGAGCUAUGUGACCACGCAGCUGUAUAAUGCGCUGUACUGCAAGCAUCAGGAGCGGCUAAAUGAUGCACUGCCUCCAACUUUAUCACUGCCCAGUUGCUUCAAAUCACAGCUGCGAAAGUAUCAACAACGCACCGUCAGCUGGAUGCUGAGUCGUGAGCUUGAUUCCAAUGAAUUUACUGCCAAUUAUACUAAAUACAAGACUACAGAUCAACAGCAACAAGUUUACAAACACCAAUACUGCCUGCAAUUCUAUGAAGAUGAGGCAACCAUGCCUAGGAUCAGCUUGCCACCAGGUGGCAUACUCGCCGAUGAGAUGGGUCUGGGCAAGACCGUUGAACUACUAGCUACACUGCUACUAAAUCCCAAUUUGAAUAUUGAUAACACUUAUUGGCGCAACUCUUUGGAGCAGUUAUCGGAUGUUGUGCCGCUCAAGAAACGUCGUCGGCAGCAUAAAGUGCAUUGUAUUUGCGUGCAACAGCUAAAUGCAGCUAAAAAAGUGCAAUGUUUGCGUUGCCAGCUGUGGCAGCAUCAAAAUUGUAUGCAGGAUUCAUAUGAAUAUUACAUAUGUCCCAAUUGCUGGACUGAAUUGACAGUCGAAACGGAGCAGCUGGUGAAUACAGGUGCUACCAUCAUCAUAUCACCGAAUGAGAUCAAGACACAGUGGCAACAUGAAGUGGGCAAGCAUGUGAAUGACACUUUAAAGGUGCUACUGUAUCCGGGAUUGCACUCCGGCAGCUGGUAUAGUCCGUUGGAGCUGGCCAAAUAUGAUAUUGUACUAACUGAUUAUACAAUACUCAUGCACGAGUUGAAUCACACGCCCAGGAACACAACAGAUCGUGAGUUGCGCUAUGAGCAGCGUUAUAUGCGUCCCAGUUCGCCACUGCUGAUGGUCAAGUGGUGGCGUGUCUGUCUGGAUGAGGCCCAAAUGGUCGAGAGCAGCACAUCGAAGGCAGCGGAAAUGGUCAGCAAUUUGCCUGCGGUUCAUCGCUGGGCAGUCACCGGCACUCCCAUACAAAAGACCAUUGAUGAUUUGGCGCCACUUUUGAAAUUCAUUGGUUUUCGGGCGGCAUGUGAACCUUUGGAUGCCUGGCAAACAGUGGCCAAUUCCUUUCUGCUCAAUCACAAGGUGGAGCCAUUGUUGGAGCUAUUGCAGCAUUGCAUGUGGCGCACCUGCAAGUCCAAGGUGGAGCAGGAACUGGGCAUACCGCCACAAUCGGAAGUGGUUCACUAUCUGGAUCUGAGCAAUGUGGAGUCACUUUACUAUCGCGAGGAGCACUUUAAAUGCACCUCACUCUUCCUGGACGCCAUUGCCAAGCACAGCAAAUACAAUCCCAACACCAGCAGCUCCUGUUUGUCCUCCAUUUCACCACAAUUACUAAGGAUCAUGUUGCAGCCAUUUCUGCGCAUACGCAAAACUUGCUCCAUUCCCGUUGUGGUCAAUAAAAAUGUCUCCGAUACCAACACCUAUAUGAAUCGACAGGAACUGCUGGUCCAUCUAAAAGCCACCAAUGAGAAGGAAUGCAAGCAGGAAUUGCGCACUUGGGCAUCAUCCUACAAUGGCAUCGCUGCCAUCAACUUCAUACAGUCCCAAUACAAAGACGCCAUCAACAACUAUAAGCAGGUCAUCAAGCUGGCCAAUGAUUACAACGACGAGCACAUAUCCGUCGACAGUUUGCUUCAAAUACAUGCGCUGCACAAUAUGUUAAAGGCUUCCAAAUUGGCUCCAAAAAAAGACGAGCUUCCAGAUGAGGAACUCUCCACUUAUAGCCGCAAAUUGAAUAAACUGCAGCGCAAAUAUUUGGAGACGACGACACCAGUGAUGAAGGCUGCUGAAAUGGCCUAUGAAUCGAAGCUGGAGGAACUGGACAAAUUGGCUGAGGAAUUCGAUUCAAGUAUUGUGGAAUUGCUUGCCACAUUGAUCAACACUGGUGAAUGCUGGCACAAAGCCGUAUGGAAUAGGAUAACUCAUGAGUUUUUCCGUCUAAGUAUUUCAACGGAAAAGCUGGCUGAAGUGACUUCCAUGACGGGUGUAGUGUAUUUACUUCACACUUGGCACGAUCGAUUGCGAGAGUUGCGCAAAAAGUUGCGUCAUGACUUUGAAAUCCUUAAGCAAAUGGUGAGCCAAGCAUGCGGAACUAUGGAAAAGGGACUUCCCCUAACUAUCGAUUCAAUUAAAUUUAUCAAAAGCGUUUCCAACUGUCAUUUGGCUGAGAUUAUGGAUGACAAACCGACUAACGUGGCAACCAAUCAAGGAAAACCCCCAAAGAAGCGUCUUUGUCAUUUAUGCAAGAUACGUGAGUCUGUGAAUCAGUUUGAGUGCUUGAUCUUUGCCAAGGAACUGGGCAAGGAGGGCACCAUAACAGAUGGUUCCGAAAAUCCCAGCUGGGAAAUAACACUGAUCAAAGUUGUGCUUGGCUUUCUGAGUGCCAAAAGUGAAUUUCACGAAUGGAAAAAGGAAUGUACAAAUAAAUUGGAGCAGCUGGACUGUUUGCAGAGUCUGGGAAAAUCACAGAUUAAAUACUGGAUUGAAGUGGAAUAUGUGAUAAAAAGUUUUGAUGAGCUGGACAUGUGCAAAAUGCGCAUAUCGCUCACAGAAGAUCCGGAGGAACAAUCAAACUAUCGCCUCCUGCCCGAACAGUUGGAAGAGCAACGUCUGUUCAACACUUCAAAUAUUGAAGAGUCGCAAUUGAAUUUUAUACGCUUGAUGGGACGUCUUAAAUAUUUGAAGCAUUUAAAGGAAGAUACCGGAGAUAAACCCUGCCCGAUUUGUCAAACUCUGGAUGAUGAGCGCUAUGUGAUGAUGUCCUGUGGACAUUUUCUUUGUCAGCACUGUCUGGAUAGCAUGAAAAAGCGAAUGGGACGAGAGAGCACAACAAAAUGUCCAAUGUGUCGACAGAAUUCGCCUCAAUUAUAUUAUUCAGUGCGUAAGGGUAAAAGUUCCAAAGUAAUUGGUGACUUUUCCACGAAAAUUGCAUGCAUUGUCGAGCAAGUGAUGAAAAUUCAAGCACAAUGCGUUGACAAGGAUGAGGAAAAGAUCCUGAUCUUCUCGCAAUGGGCAAACAUUCUGGAACACAUAGCCAAUGCACUGAGAAAAAAUGGCAUCACGUGUCGCAGCAAGUUUACAAAUCGCGACAUUGAUGAGUUUAAGCAACCUGAACUGAAGAUUACCUGUAUGCUGAUGCCCAUUUCGCGGGGUUCAAAGGGUUUGAACCUAAUUGAGGCUACACAUGUGUUUCUAGUGGAACCAAUCUUAACUCCUGGCGAGGAGCUACAGGCUAUUGGUCGCGUCCAUCGCUUUGGCCAGACCAAACCCACAACCGUACAUCGUUUCAUUGUUAAUAAUACCAUCGAGGAGAAUAUAAUGAAGCUUAUAAAAUCAGCUGACGAUAGAUCGACAUUAUCUACACACUGGGAUCUGGAUAAUAUGACACUGGAUAGCCUAAAGGAGCUCUUUAUUAUAAAAGGAAAUAAGUUAACCUAAAACACUUAUAUUAAGUUCAAUGAUUUAAAAAAUAAUAUUAUAAUUUUAUUAUAAUAUGCGCAGUA